GGGGAGGCGCGAUGCGCGAAGAAAAAAUAACGUACACAUCUGUAUGCAGCUCUAUUGAGAUCGCUGCUUCAUUUGAGACUGUCCAAAAAUGACCGGUAGAGCGCGAGCUAGAUCACGAGGCAGAGCGCGUGAACAAGAGACUAUACCACCUGGAGCGAGCCUGGCUCAAGGAGAGCCGGCUCCCCCACCUGCAAGUGGACAGCUGGUCGGAAGGGGGAGACAGAAAAGUGCACCUGGACCCUUUUCAGCAGAAGCUGGUCUACAGAUUUCAGCCGGAUUUCAACAGGUGAGGCUUGGAGAAAGAGGUGGACGGCGCAAAGAUUUCAAUGAUGGAGGGGUUAACACCAGGAUGGCCAUCGAGCAUGUUAAGGACUCAAAGACUGGAACAUCUGGUGAAACCAUCCGUUUGUCGGCAAACUUCUUCCGCAUCCUGUCCCGUCCUGAGUGGGUGCUUUAUCAGUACCAUGUGGACUUCAAACCACCAAUGGAGGCCCGUCACCUGAGAUCUGCACUCCUCUUCCAGCACGAGGAAACGCUUGGCUCAGCACGGAGCUUUGAUGGAGCUCUGCUGUUUAUGCCUCACAGAUUGCAGAACAGGGAGACUUUGCUCUUCAGUGAGACGAGGAACAGAGAGAAGGUACAGAUCACCGUCACCCUGACGAAUGAACUGCCACCGACAUCACCAGUGUGCAUCCAGUUUUACAACAUCAUAUUCAGAAGGAUCCUGAGAAUUCUGGACAUGCAGCAGAUUGGACGCCACUACUACAACCCGAAGGAUCCACUCAACAUCCCACAGCACAGGCUCACCAUCUGGCCAGGCUACACUACCACCAUUCUGCAGUAUGAGUCCUCUAUCAUGCUGUGCACUGACGUGAGCCACAAGGUUCUGCGGAGUGAGACGGUGCUGGACUUCAUGGCCAACCUGCGGCAGAAGGCUGGAGAUCAUCAAUUUGCUGAGCUCUGUGCCAAGGAGCUGAUUGGACUCAUAGUCCUCACCAAGUACAACAACAAGACUUACAGGAUAGAUGGUAUUGCGUGGGAUCACACUCCCAGUAACACCUUCACAAAGGCAGACAAAGAAGUCUCCUUCAAGGACUACUACAAGUCUCAAUACAGCCUGGACAUCAGCGAUAACAACCAGGUGCUGCUGAUAAGCCACGUGAAGAAGAUGGGGCCCACUCCAGGCCCUCCUCCUGGCCCGGCCAUGCUCAUCCCAGAGCUCUGCUACCUUACAGGCUUGACUGAUAAGAUGCGCUGCGACUUCAACAUCAUGAAGGACUUGGACAAACACACCAAACUGGAACCACAACAGAGGGAGGCGCGCCUCAACAGAUUUGUCUCCAGUUUACACAUGAACUCUGACGCACAGGCGGAGUUGGACAAGUGGGGACUGAGCUUUGAUCGGGAACUCCUGAAGAUGACUGGCCGAGUCCUCCCGGGGGAGAGGAUUUUCCAGGGACCCAAAUCUUACGAGUUCAACCCCAUGAUGGCUGACUGGGCCAAAGAGAUGCGUGGUGUCCCGAUCAUCAGCUGCCCUCCGAUGAAUAACUGGCUCAUUUUUCACACCCGGCGUAAUGCAAACGAUGCAGUGACCCUCUUGCAGACCCUUGGCAGAGUCUCGGGUCCCCUCGGUAUCAGCAUUCAGAAGGCUGUCAUGAUCGAGUAUGACGACCACGCGGAGUCCCUCCUCAGAGCCCUGCAGCACAACGUUGGACCCCAAACACAGAUGGUGGUGGUGGUCCUCCCCAGCAACAGGAAGGAUAAGUAUGACUGCAUUAAGAAGUACCUCUGUGUGGACUGCCCCACCCCCAGCCAGUGUGUGAUGUCCCGCACCCUCAGCAGACCUCAGGCACUCAUGACCAUAGCGACCAAAAUUGCUCUGCAAAUGGCUUGCAAGAUCGGAGGAGAGCUUUGGAGUGUGGAGAUCCCUCUCAAGCAGCUGAUGGUUGUGGGCAUCGACUGCUACCAUGACAGCACGGCCGGGAAAAGGUCCAUUGGAGCUCUGGUGGCCAGCCUCAACCCGAGCAUGACCAGGUGGUAUUCAAAGUGCGUGCUGCAGCACAAAGGGCAAGAAAUCAUGGACGGACUCAAGAUGGCCUUGUGUGGUGCUUUUAAGGACUACCUGAAGUUCAAUAACUGCCUGCCGUCACGCAUCAUUGUGUACAGAGACGGGGUGGGAGACGGCCAACUGCACGGUGUGGUCAAUUAUGAAGUCACACAGAUCCUGGACUGCAUCAAGUCCAUGGGAGACGACUACAUGCCCAAGCUGACUGUGGUGGUGGUGAAGAAACGCAUCAGCUGCAGGUUAUUCAGCCUCGUCACUGGGAAGGCGACCAACCCUCCCCCAGGCACUGUGGUGGACUCUGUAAUCACCCGUCCAGAGUGGUACGACUUCUACAUCGUGAGCCAGCAUGUCCGCUUUGGCAGUGUUUCCCCGACCCACUACAACGUGGUGUAUGACACCAGUGGCUUGAAGCCCGACCACAUGCAGCGGCUCACAUACAAGCUGUGCCACAUGUACUUCAACUGGCAGGGGAUCAUCAGAGUGCCUGCUCCGUGCCAGUACGCCCACAAGAUGGCUUUCCUGGUGGGCCAGAGCAUCCACAGGGAGCCCAACCUGAAGCUGGAUGACCUCCUCUUUUAUCUGUAGUGAGGAGGAAGGACAGCCUUUUGAUUUGGUCUCAUGUUUUCGUUGCCUUCAUAAGGACAGGCAUGUUUAAGUGUUAAGUUGAGUAUUGCCAACGCAAAUGUUUUCAUUUUGUUUAAUAAUGUUCUAAUAAAUCACACAUGCAAACAUUAGAAAAUAUCAAAUUUAUUUAGAUUUUUGUUUUUUUCUAGAAAAGAUUGCACAUGCACACCCACACGAUAAUUUGUAACCACCAAUAUAGGCUGAUAUUCUUAUCAUAAAGCUAGCACACAAUUGCAGACUUUUAAAACAAUAUGGUCUUCAAGACACCAUGGGGAAAGCUUGCACUGUUUGAUUAUAAAGUUGAAUGUACAAAAAAGGCAGUUUGAAAAUCAAGUAUAAACAUUUAAAAACAAUUGUACAAAUGGACAAAGUACAAAAAGAGCAACAGUCACUCGAAAUGAAUAGAAGCAAUGGUCCAUACAUAGGAAAAGAUGUACAUCAUUUUAUCGCAGGUUAACGAGGCUGUUCGGCCGAGAAUUGUACAGAAAGUAUUACAGAAUGUUUUGCAUACAUUCUUUUUUGGCAGUUUCAGUUCAACUCUUGUUAUAGAAAAAAUAGGCUAGAUUUUCAGAUACAUGAGGAUGAAAUGGAAAACAGAAUGAAGUGAGGAAAUAAAGAUGGACUGUUUCAUUUCACGCACUAAGACGGACAUCUGCACAAUCCUUUUGGGCAGCUUUGAAAAUACAUUGGCUUUCAAUUCAUCAUACAUUCACUACUCUACAUUAAGGUGUAGAUAUAUAUAUAUAUUGAUAUACAGUACUUGUAUCCUGCACCAACCUAAAUCGGGACACUGAACAGGCAUCAACAGACAGAUUGGCUUUAAUAAACAUUUUUGAGAUCUAAUAAAUGUUGGGUGAGAAGGGUUAGGGCAUCGUAGAGGUAGCCUUGUGUCUCACUUAACAGAAACCUUAGUCUUCUAGUGAAGCCCGAAAGUGUUGCAUCUUGAUAAAAUGCAGUACGAUAACAGGGGUUUGCUGAUGCUAUAGCACACAGAUCAACUUACAUUUAUGUACUC